AUGUGGAUUUACACCAGUCACUGCAAGAGGGCACCAGUCCCUAAGGACGUGGCAGCUGGACAGGCCAGUGUCACCAACAACAGCAAGAAAGGGUUGAGGUUUGUGAUGUGGUGGUGCCUCUGUGAAGUGGUUGUAGAGCAGAGUAGUGUGAAAGAAUUAUGUUACAUACUUAUAACUAUUUACCACUGUUUUCCAGUAUCUGUUGUGAUUGUACUGUUCAUCGCCUUGAGUGCCAGUGGACAUGAAGAUGACCUGAUUUCAAAAUGUCUUCAAGAUGAUGACUAUAAUGAACUUAUUAAGAUAGUCAAAGAAGGUCUUCCUCUGCCACAGAACCCUCACCGUGUGGCCAUCAUUGGUGCAGGGAUAGCUGGACUGACUGCAGCUAAGUUACUAGAGGAUGCUGGACAUGAGGUCACAAUCAUAGAAGCAAGUGAUCACAUAGGUGGACGAAUCAACACGUACAGGGAUGAAAUAGAGGGCUGGUAUGCAGAAUUUGGUGCCAUGAGGAUCCCAAGCUUCCACUGGAUUCUCAGAAAUUUCACAUCAAAGCUGGGUCUGCAACUCAACGAAUUCAAUGAAGUAGACAAUAAUACUUACUAUUAUGUCAAUGGUGUCCGUCAUAAAACUUUUGAAGUGAAUGAGAAUCCUGAUUUGCUGAACUACCCCUUAAGAGAGGAGGAGAAAGGAAAAUCAGCCCAUCAACUUUUUAAUAAAUCCUUGUGGAAGAUAAGAGAGGAUCUGAAAUCAAUUGGCUGCAAUGCAACUAAAAAGAAGUACGAUUCAUACACUCUUAAGGAGUAUUUAUUAAAGGAGGCAAACCUGAGUGCUGGAGCCUUGCGCAUGAUUGGAGACAUCCUUAAUAUGAACACCUUCUACAUUUCUCUUACGGAAAGUCUCUAUCUGCAGUGUAAUGUAAAUGAUGACACAACAUAUUCUGAGAUCUCAGGUGGCUUUCAUAACUUACCGAAAAGGCUUUAUGAAAUCCUUAAUGUGAAGAUCCUCCUCAGCUCAAAAGUUAAAGGCAUCAGUCGGACAGAAAGUGAUGUCAGAGUGUUUUAUAAACAACACAAGGCACCCUUCUUGACCCAGAACAGAUUUGACUACGCCUUGGUGACGGCUACAGCCAAAGCCACUCUCUUCAUCAAAUUUCAACCUCCCUUAAGUUCCUUGAAGAAUCAGGCCCUGCGCUCAGUGCACUAUGCGAGUGCCACCAAGGUUGUGCUGAGGUUCAGCCACAGGUUCUGGGAAGACGAAAGCAUUUAUGGUGGAAGAAGCAUUACAGAUUUGCCCUCACGCUUCAUCUACUACCCCAGCCAUAGCUUCCCUGGGAAAGGAGGAGUCAUAUUGGCCUCCUACACUGUCUUGGAUGACUCCACACUCUUCCAAGGAAUGUCUGAUGAUCAGCUAAAGUUAGAGGUGCUGAAUGACUUGAUUAAGAUCCAUGGAAGGCACAUCCAGGAUCUCUACAUUGGAGGUGUUGUGAAGAAAUGGGGGUUGGAUCCAUACAGUCUUGGAGCCUUUGCUUUGUUUACCCCCUACCAACAAACUCAGUAUAUUGAUGGUCUGUCCAAAAAUGAGGGCAGGAUUUUUUUUGCUGGGGAACAUACGGAUAUGCCACAUGGCUGGAUUGAGACUUCUAUGAGAUCUGCCAUCAAAGCGGCAAGAAACAUAAACAAUGCUGUAUAA